AUGAGGUUGUUCGAUGGUCUCUUCUCUCGGUUUCCGGCAAGGGCCACCAGCGGAUCCCAAAUUCAUGACCCCGCCGCUCGUCCUACUAUAGAAACCACUUGCAAUGAAAUCACACCGACAGCGUGUUCUGUGGAAGGUCGGGAUUCGACCAGAUCUGAUCUUCGAAAUGGUAAUAACGAGCCAUGUCUGGACAACCCGCAAUGCCCGGCGCUUUGUACAGAUCCAGGAAUCUGUUACGAGCUGGACGCAUCUCCACAGUUCCAAUCUACUCCCCAGAGACGUCCAGCCAGAGGCUCCAGGCGACUAGCCGGCUUCAAGACCUUGCUCCGUCCCCGCAAAAGUCAUCGUCAUAUCGCGCUCCCUGCACAGGUUGACGGCGCGCCUGUCGUAAGUCAACGAUUGACACACACUCUCAAUGGCGUUCCUGUAGGUCUCGGAGUUCAAUAUGAUCGCUCUUUAUAUGCUGCUACAGAAUUCCCAUGCAACAAAUUUCUAGAUAUCGAUGUGGAAUCCCGAAAAGUGAGCGACACCACUACCCAAUCGCUCAACUCUGAGCAAACCAGCGGAACGGUCUGUCGCCAUCCGUCGCGGUCGGCAUCCACUCCAAUCGCUCUGGUAGAUCGCGAAGAGACCAUAACCCAAAGCUCGUUUACUGAUACCGCUUGUCUCAUACAUCAAAUACCAACCUCCAACCCGUUCUCGGACCCUUCCACUAUCACCACCACCACCGAAUACUCCACAAGGCAGCAGAGCUCUGAGUACAGUGGCCCAAGUACUCGGUUCAUAACCAUCUCAGGGAGCAACGAAAUGGAGGAAAUCCCGCUUGCCCAGCGAUAUCCUAGUUCGGUCAUGGACGAUGUAUUCGCCCGCAAACCGUCAAACAGCGGGAAGGGGCUGGUGAAAUUUGAUCAACGUGCAGCGGUCACUGCAUUCAAUGAGUUUGGGCCAAAGUUGGGACUCAAGCCUCUCAAACUCGUCAAAGCCGACACCGAUACUUGCUCUGGUCAAACCAGCGGUUGGUGA